CGUACGCCACGUAUAUAGAGUACUUAGUUAUUUUUUUAUAACAGCGCUGUCGCAAGUGUGUUACAAUCUCCUGUGCGAUUCCUCGUAGUUAACAUCGAGAAUUUCGAACGAAAAUUUCCCAUUAUGUCUUUGGACGAAAGAUUUAAUACAGCAGCUGUAGCAGUAAAAGAACUAGCUGCACCACCAGCAGAUGAGGAUCUACUCGAAUUAUAUGCAUUAUAUAAACAAUCCACCAUUGGUGAUUGUAAUACAGGGAGGCCAGGUAUGUUGGAUUUUAAAGGAAAAGCAAAAUGGGAUGCUUGGAACGGCAAAAAGAACAUGGAACCAAAAACGGCAAAGGAGCAAUAUAUUGCUAAAGUAGAAGCAUUAAUUGCCUCAAUUGGAAAGAAGUAAUUUGUCAACUGCCUUCUUAUAUACACAUCUGUGUGUAGGCUUCAUUUAGAAAACUUCAUUUUCAAUAACAAGCAGAUAGCAGCAGCACCACAAUAUACAUUAAUCAGUAAUCAGUAUAUUGUAUAUAGAUACAAUACAAUCCUAAUUUUGUAUUCUUUAAUAAUUUAUAAAAAAUCCCAAGACAUUUAUAUAAUUCGUAUACUUUCUCUAAUUUUAUUUCAUUCAUCUCCAGCAAAUUUUGUAGCUAUUCUUUUGUCGCAGUAAAAUGGACAUAAUAUUACUUCUUGCGUACCUCUUUGUCGUUAAUUUAUUUCUCCAUGUAAACAAUUAUAAUUUUACCUUUGCCGUCUGCGUAGCCCCAUAUUAAAGAUUUACAUUUAUUUACGAUGUUUAUGCAUAUUAAUAACAUAUUUUUCUAUAACAUUCUUAUCAUUAUAUACACAUAUGUAAAUAACUAAUCGAAGGAAACAUACAGCUGAAUACGAUGUGUCUAAUAAAAUUUGAACGGCAUAUUUAA